AUUUUAUGUUUAUUGAAUAUGCUCACUCUUACGACUACCGGUUGCGACUUCCGACUCUUCCCAAGAUGCUAUGAGAGCGACCACGUUCUUCCUUCCUUUCUCUCGACGACAUGUCUCAUCGUAAAUUUUCUGCACCCCGUCACGGGUCGAAAGGCUUUCUCCCCAAGAAGAGAAGCAAACGUCAUCGUGGUAAGGUAAAGGCAUUUCCCAAGGAUGAUCCUUCGAAGCCUGUACAUCUCACGGCGUUUCUGGGCUAUAAGGCUGGAAUGACCCAUGUCGUUCGCGAGGUCGACCGACCAGGAUCAAAGGUGAACAAGAAGGAGGUGGUAGAAGCAGUCACCAUCAUCGAAACUCCACCCAUGGUUUGCGUUGGUGUCGUUGGGUAUAUUGAAACGCCACGUGGCAUGCGCACAUUUAAAACUGUGUGGGCAGAACACCUGAGUGAAGAAUGCAAGCGACGUUUCUACAAGAACUGGUCCCGGUCUAAGAAGAAGGCAUUUACCAAGUAUGCCAAGAAAUGGCAGGAUGAGAGUGGAAAGAAAGAUAUUGAAAAUGACUUUAACAAAAUGAAAAAGUACUGCACAGUCAUCCGUGUCAUUGCACACACUCAGUCUAAGCUCCUGCGUCAACGCCAGAAAAAAGCCCACAUUAUGGAAAUUCAGCUGAAUGGUGGUUCCAUUCCUGACAAAGUUGAAUGGGCAAAAGCUCAUCUUGAGAAGACCGUUUCAGUCAACGCAGUCUUUGACCAGAAUGAGUUGAUUGACACCAUUGGUGUUACAAAGGGUCGUGGUGUGAAAGGAGUAACAUCAAGAUGGCACAAGAAGCUGCCACGAAAGACCCACAAGGGUCUGCGCAAAGUUGCCUGCAUUGGUGCCUGGCACCCCAGCCGUGUUCAGUUUUCUGUGGCACGUGCUGGUCAGAAGGGCUAUCACCACAGGACUGAAAUUAACAAGAAGAUUUACCGGAUUGGCAUGGGCAUCCACACAAAGGACAACAAGCUCGUUGCCAACAAUGCUUCCACUGAAUUUGACCCCACUGAAAAGACCAUAACACCGAUGGGUGGUUUCCCUCACUAUGGUGAAGUCCGUCAGGAUUACCUCAUGAUCAAGGGCUGCAUCAUUGGUCCACGCAAACGAGUGAUCACUUUGAGAAAAUCCCUGCUUGCCACCUUCCGUCGUCGUCACAUUGAGAACAUAAACCUCAAGUUUAUCGACACUUCCAGCAAAUGGGGACAUGGUCGCUUCCAGACUCUGGAGGAGAAGCGUAACUUCAUGGGCCCUCUCAAGAAAGAGUUGCUGAGCCGUGAAGCAGCCUCUUAAAUGUCCUGUAGACCAUCUGUUCUGGGAAUUCAGGCUAAAGGCAUUAAAGUUUAAAAUUAA